AUGGCAAAGACCGCGCUUAUUUUGCUGGCACCAGGUGCUGAAGAACUCGAGACAAUAUCUGUUGCUGAUAUUCUUGUUCGUGCGAAGGUUAAAGUGGUCAUUGCAGGUGUGUGUGGCCCCGGAGUUGUUGUUUGUAGUCGUGGUAUCAAAAUUCAGCCCGAUGUUGCGCUGUCUGAUGUCAUUGGCACCGCUUUUGAUUUGGUCUACCUUCCCGGUGGCUUGGACGGUAUGAAAAACCUCUCUAAAAGCGCAGAUGUGGGAAGGUUGCUCAAUGAGCAAAACGAAAAGCAGCGCCUCAUCGCCGCUAUUUGCGCUUCCCCCUGUGCCUUGAAAGCCCACGGAAUCGCUAAGGGUUGUAGUGUCACCUGCUACCCCUCAAUGAAAGCUGAUCUUGAAAAGGACUACAAGUAUCACGAGAAAAAUAUCGUCGAAGACGGACAUAUUCUGACAAGCCGCGGACCGGGAACAGCCGCUGAGUUCGGCCUUCGAUUGGCUGAGCUCUUGACCGACACUGAAACCGCCAAGUCUGUUGCCUGUGGCAUGCUUCUUCCCUUCCCUUAG